AUGGAUGAUGGCACGCUACCUACCGAAAAGAAGUUCAUCACGAUUCAGAUAAGCGUCAGGGAAGCAAAAGCGAUUCUGGGGGUGGAGGGUACACCUACCGUGGCGGGAAUAACCUCACAAUAUAAAAAGCUGGCAUUAAGAUACCACCCAGACAAAAACCCAGCCGAAAAGCAACAAGAGGCAGCAGAACGAUUUAAACAACUCGUACAAGCUGUUCAAGUCCUUUCGGACUCGCUGUCCUCAUCAUCCGAUACGGUCGAUAGUCCAUCUUUUGACUUCACGACGGUGUUUAAAGAUACACCAUUCUUUAAUGCAUACAUGCAGGACUUCACUUAUACGCCACCACUACAGCCUUCAUGUCCAGGACCGUCUCAGAAGGCAUUUAGAUGGUAUGACCCACCAAAGCCGCAAGGGCAUAGAAAUAGACACGGAUGA